GUCCCUUAAUUUCUGCAGCUGCCAUGACAGAGCCAGAUUCUUCUCGAUCUAGACCACAAGGGGCCUAUGAUGUCUUUUUGAGUUUUAGAGGAGAAGAUACUCGCAAGACAUUUACAGAUCAUCUAUAUACUGCCUUAGUCCAAGCAGGAAUCCAAACUUUUCGAGAUGAUGAUGAACUUCCUAGAGGAAAAGAAAUCUCCCAACAUCUCCUCGAGGCAAUUCAAGAAUCAAAGAUAUCUAUAGUGGUCUUCUCAAAAGGAUAUGCUUCUAGAUGGUGUCUUGAUGAACUUGUGGAGAUUAUAAAGUGUAAAUAUAGGAAAACUGGUCACAUUGCUCUUCCUAUAUUCUAUGACAUUGAUCCUUCAGAUGUGAGAAAACAGACUGGCAGUUUUGCAGAAGCAUUUGUUAAGCAUGAAGAACGUUCUAAAGAGAAGGUGAAGGAGUGGAGAGAAGCUCUUGAAGAGGCAGGAAAUCUAUCUGGUUGGAAUCUCAAAGAUAUGGCAAAUGGGCAUGAAGCAAAAUUUAUCCAAGAGAUUAUCAAGGAUGUGCUGACUAAAUUGGACCCCAAGUACUUGCAUGUUCCUAAGCACCUAGUAGGUAUUGAUCCGCUUGCUCACAAUAUUUUUCACUUCCUAAGUACUGCAACAGAUGAUGUACGCAUUGUGGGCUUACAUGGGAUGCCAGGAAUAGGAAAGACGACUAUAGCAAAAGUUGUAUUUAAUCAACUCUGCUAUGACUGUGGAUAUGGAUUCGAGGGAAUCUCUUUUCUUUUGAAUGUCAAAGAAAAAUCAGAACCUAAUGAUUUGGUUCUUCUACAACAACAACUACUUCAUGAUAUUUUAAGACAAAAUACUGAGAAGAUCAAUAAUGUUGAUAGAGGAAAGGUUCUGAUUAAAGAACGACUGCGGCACAAAAGAGUUCUUGUUGUUUUUGAUGAUGUGGAUCGUCCAGACCGACUACUUGAUUUGAUGGGAGAGCCAAGGUGGUUAGGCCCUGAAAGUAGGGUGAUAAUUACAACUACAGAUGAAAGCUUACUUCUUGAAGCUGAUCAAAGAUACCAGGUUCAAGAAUUGAACCGGGGUGACUCCCUUCAGCUUUUCUGUAGGCAUGCGUUUAGGGACACCAAGCCAGCAAAAGAUUAUGUUGAGCUUUCGAAUGAUGUAGUUGAAUACUGUGGAGGACUUCCUUUAGCUCUUAAGGUUUUAGGUUCUUGUUUGUAUGGGAAAAACCAAGCUAGAUGGGAAUCUGUAAUUGACAGAUUGAGAAAAUUUCCAAACAGUGAAAUUCAGAAAAAACUUAGAAUAAGUUUUGACACACUGGAUGAAUCUACACUAAAGAAUACAUUUCUUGAUAUUGCAUGCUUCUUUAUUGGUAGAAAGAAAGAAUACGUAGCAAAAGUGCUAGAAGGACGUUAUGGUUACAAUCCAGAAGAUGAUUUCGGAACUCUCAUUGAACGGUCUCUGAUUAAAGUUGAUGAUUCUGGAACGAUAGACAUGCAUGAUCUAUUACGAGGGAUGGGAAGGGAGAUCGUUAAGGAAGAGUCACCUGAAAAUCCUGCGCAAAGGAGCAGAAUUUGGAGUCAAGAGGAUGCGUGGAUAGUACUCAAGAUGCAGAUGGGAACAGAAGUUGUAAAGGGCCUUACACUGGAUGUGAGAAGAUCAGAAGACAAAUCACUAAGCACUGGAUCAUUUACAAAAAUGAAAAAUUUAAAAUUACUCCAAAUCGAUGGAGCAGAACUCACCGGAUCUUUCGAACGGCUUUCUAAAGUGUUGACGUGGAUUUGUUGGCUUGAAUGUCCUUUGGAAUUUUUACCAUCCGACUUUUCACUGGACUACGUAGUUGUUAUUGAUAUGCAGUACAGUAACAUCAGAGAAUUAUGGAAGAAAAAAAAGAUGUUCAACAAUCUAAAAAUUCUUGAUCUCAGUUAUUCAAAGAACCUUGUUAAAACACCAAACUUGUACAGUUCAAGUCUAGAGAAAUUACUGCUUGAAGGUUGCUCAAGUUUAGUUGAGGUACAUCAAUCUAUUGGACAUUCAAAGUCUCUUGUAUGUUUGAACAUUUGGGGGUGUUCACAACUUAAGGAGCUGCCGGAGUGCAUGGGUGAUAUUGAGUCCUUCACUGAGCUUCUAGCAGAUGGAAUUAACAACGAGCAAUUUCUCUCUUCAGUUGGACAUUUAAAGUGUGUGAGGAAGUUGUCAUUGCGCGGACACUGGAAGGGGGACUGGAACUUACCAUAUCGGCCUUCACCAAAUUCUUCUUGGAUUUCAGCUUUUCGGAUAACUCCAACUUCCAUUAUUUGGAGAGUUUUGGGAAAGCUAAAACUUGAUGGUUAUGGUUUGUCUGAACGCGCAACUAAUUGUGUUGAUUUUGGAGGUUUGUCCGCUCUUGAAGAGUUGGAUCUAUCUAGAAACGAGUUCUUCAGUCUGCCUUCUGGCAUCGGCAUCCUUUCUAAGCUGCGGCUUUUGACCGUUCAGGAAUGCGGAAAUCUUGUAUCAAUCCCAGAGCUUCCCUCAAAUUUAGAAAAUUUGGAUACAUUUGGUUGCAAAUCAAUGCAAUGGGUAAGACUACCAAUCCAAGCAAAAAAAUAUCUAAGUCUGUUUCUGAUUGGUUGUCCGGAUUUAAUGGAGAUUGAAGGCAUGGAAGGUCUAAGUAAUCAUGGCUGGUUUAUUUCCUAUAUUACCAAGAACAAGUUAUCAAAUAAUUAUAAGAAAAGUCUUGCUGAGGCACUGUGCUACGGUGGUUACGCGUAUCAUAUGUUCUUCAAUCGUUGGCAUACAUUCAGCCACAGAGAUAAGUUCACUAUGAUUCCAAAUUGGUUCAGCUACUGAGGAAAAGGAAGUUCAUUAUCAUUUCAUAUACCUCCAGUUUUCCAAGGCUUGGUCGUUGGGGUUGUCUGUAAACGCUUGAUAGGUCUUAUUGGAACCCCCAAAUUGUGUAUAAAAAAUAAAAGCAACGGUAUUCAAUUGUUUGAAGCAACUGUAAUUCAAUGUGUCGGUAGAAAUUGGUUGAGAUACAUAAGUCUAAGCGAGAUGGCAAUGAAAGAAUAUUGUGAAGAUGAGGAAUUGGAACUGUGCGUGGGACUUUAUACGGGAGAAGACGCUGAAGUGUUUGAAUGUGGGAUCCAUGUGAUAGUUGAAAAGACAGAUUCAUUUGAAGGGUCAGAGUGGGAUCAUGAGUCUGAAGGUGGAAGAGAUAGAGUAAUACCUGCACCACCAUAUCUGUCUCAAUAUGCGCGUUACAAUUUCUUUGAGAUUUACGGCAAGCAAGGUCUCAGUAAUUUAUCAAAAAAUACCAAGGAUCGGCUUCUUGAGGCUUAUUUCGUUCCCUACGAUUAUUCUAUCAUUCCAAAAUGGUUCAGCUACGGUGCAGAAGGAUGUUCAUUAUCAUUUGAUAUACCUCCAGAUUUCGAAGGCUUGGUCAUUUGGGCUGUCUGUUCAGGUGGUGGGCAUCAAGAAUUCAAGGCUAUUAUAAAAAAUAAAAGCAACAGUCCGAAGUUGAAAGCGAUAGAACGAUACCUUCGCCACCAUAUCAUCUGCUUCACCAUCCCCGUCAUGGUUCAAUGAGAUUUUCUACAAGGCAGCAGUGGAAAGCUUUUUUGAUUCGGGCGUUCAGCCUAUGGAAAACCAUAGUCAUGCAAAAAUUCUUACCUGAUGAUCUCAAUUAGUCGAGGGAUUGGUUUAAGAAAACUCCCCACUUUAUGCCCACUUAGCAAUGAUAUUAUCAUCUUGUUGUGUUAAAUCACUAAUUAAAUAAAUGUAGUAUUUUUUUAAGCUAGCA